UGUCGUUCCAUUGGUAGUUCCGUUUCCAGAACGAGUUCUCGUCCUAAAGUAACGGAGGGGCUCGAGAAAGUGGUCAGGAUAAAGGUACUGGACAGAUCCUAUGGUUUGCAUUCAUCGUAGGUACGUAAAGGAACGUUUGUUCAUGAAAGCGGCUCCAGGAAUUCGUCAGAGACGGCGCCUGACGUCAUCCUCGUGCCAGACUGGAGAACGGAGGUCACGUGUCGUGGCUUCGGACGAAAACUCAAUACUCGGCCAGAUUCGUGUCGGCCAAUAAGCGCCCGAAGGACUCUCGCCGAUCCCGAGCGCGUCAGUCGAGCCGCGACCGUUGAACAGUGUAGUACACAUACGAUCGUGCGCGUUAUUUAUCGUCGCAUUUCGUACGAGUGAUUUUUUGUCACCGUAAGUU